GCACACAGCAAAUGAGAUACAAAACAAAAACAAAGACAAGAAACAAGAAAAGCAAAAAAAGCAAGAACAAAGCGCACAGGCCGGCCACAUAAGCGGACAAACACACACCAAUACUCCACCCACAGAACAUACCACUCACCCAACCGCCCAACCACCCACCCACACAAGCUCCAUCCGGUUUGUUGGUCAAUAGUAGGAGGACCAACAUCACCACCACCAUAAACCACAGCGACAAGUCGCACACACUGCGUACAUAGCUGUGCCACAUCCCCGUAAACGUAUACGUACCCCUACCCGUACCCGAACUCACGAUGAAUUUAAUGUUCCGUAAGAAUUUCCGCGAGGGGGCAAGCAAGUCUGCCGGCGGCGGCGGGAAGCUACAAUCGAAGGCAAACCGGACGAAGCGGUCGCGGGACAUGGGCCUCGUGCAGCAGCCGGAGGAGAUACACUACCGAACACACCUGUUCUUCUCACCCAAUCGUCCUGGCUAUGACGUCGGCGAAGAACGAUGCAGCGCACUCUCAGGCAUACCGAGUACCCCAAUCUUGAGCACAGCCCCGUCCUUCGCCCUGCCCGGCAACUUGCAACCCUAUGAGUUGGACGCCCCCCAGCCGCUGGUCGAUCGCCGGCCGUCCUUUUCCCUGAUGCGGUGGAAUAGCAGUAGCAGCGGACCGGGUACUGGCAGCAGCAGUGCGAAUAACAGUUUGCUACGCCUGCAGCAGCAGCAGCAGAUGCACUUGCAGCAGCAACAGCAACAACAGCAGCACAAGCAAAUUUUGCUACGCCUGCAGCAGCAGCAGCAGAUGCACUUGGAAACAGCAACAACAACCUUGGGAUACGGUCAUGGUGAUGCAACAGUGGCCACGGCAACAACCACGUUGCUGACGGCCGCGGCUGCAGCCACGCGGCAAGUGAACUUUGGUGGUGGUGGCCACUCUGGAGUCACGCGAUCCGAGCCGAUUUCCCUGGCUACCUUGGAUCGGGACUGCUUCAUCAUUCCUGUGCAUAGUGUGGACCGCUUCCUGCCGGCCGGUAUACCGCUACCCGCUCUGAGUGCCGAUGGCAAGACAGUCAGUCCGCUGAGCAUCCUGGAGGUCUCCGAUCCGAAACUAUGCAUUCUGGUGCAUUUGAUGAGCCCCUUGGAGGCUAUCGAUCCCGUGAUGGAGUCACUCUUGGCGCUCCCGCUGCUCAAGCAGCGCUCAAUCGCCUCCGAGCUGGUGUCGGAGGUGCAGCAGGCCAACACAGCUGUGGGCGGCAUGCUCCUGGCCAACAUGGAGAAGAGCUCCGAGUUCCCAUUCAUCUCGUACUAUCUCAUCAAUACGCUGCAAACGGAUCCUUCCAGCUUCUAUGCCAGCCUGCGCGUCUCAUCGCUGUCCAAGUUCGAGCCCAAGGCCCUCAAAUACACAGCCGCCCACACUCUGGAUCUUUAUAGCGAGGUGGCAUCCAUUUACCGGCCGCCGUUGGUGCUGCCCUCGAACGAGGCCGGGAGCUUUAAGAAGUCGCAGACCGAGGCCACCGGCUACAUUAUUACCGUGUUUAAGGUGUUCGAGGGCGACGAUGGCGAAAGGUUUGAAAAGAAUUGGCUCUACUGGACAGGGGCCCGGAUGCUGUACAGAUACUUGCCACGGGCGGCGGGUCUGCGGCGCAUCGCUCUGCACAAGAGCACCUCACAGAAGGGGGACAAGAUGUACCUCCUGGUUUGCGAGUGUGCCGACUUGCUCAAGGACAUCUCGCUGGCCGCCUUCCUCAUACCGGCCAUGCGGGCCAGGCUCUGCGGCUACACGGGACUCUAUCGACCAAUACAGGCCUUCUAGAUGGAAUCGCCAUCGCCCUAUAUUUUUCUAUCAGCUAUAAAUAGUUUAGUCCGGCUGAGAUGGACUCUGCACCUGUUACGUGAUUCGAUUCUGAUUCGAUAUUUACCAGCCCUAAACAAAUUUUAAAACUCUCUCCACUCAGAUACGGAUCAGCAUCUGCCAAUUAACACUCGAUAGGCGUAUAUCGUAUAUAAGUAGGAGACAAUAUACUCAAGGUAACUCAUAUCGUAUGUUAGAUUUUUCUAUAAAACAUCUCGGGAGACAGACCCAAUAAAUAGGACCAUAUCUAGUGUGAAUUGCUAGCGAAGAACUUCCAUUUUAGCCACAACAAAUAGCGAAUCAAUAAGAGCUAUCUAUAUCUAUUCGAACCUAGAUAUAUCAAAAGUUUAACACAACUUCGUACAUAUGUAUGUAGAAUAGACAGAUGUAUAAACGCUGAAUUUUUCGCGCUGAAAAGUAGCAUAACAAAACCGCAAACCAAGAGUCAAUUCUUAGCAUAAAAUCUAGAAAAUGUUGAUCAGAAAAGAUCAGAAUAACCGCAAUGUAGUCGAGGGAAAACUUUGCCCAAAUCUAACAAUCUGCCAAAAAUUAGCAAAAAAAACAAAACAAAAAAUCCGUUUGGGGUUAAAAAAAUUAUAUAAAAUUUCACUUUUAUAUACUCGUAUGUAGCUAUGUAUGUAUGUAGAAGAAUAAGGAUGCGAUGCAGACCAAACCAAAGUUUUUCAAUAAUAAUUAAUUAACAAAUUUUUGCUUGGCUAAAGCUUGCCACUAAGCCUAAGAGACAUACUAAAUAACCUAAUGAUUUUUAAAAAUAUACAUAGGAAAAGCGAGAGAGAGAAAUAGAGAGAGUAUAUAUGUAUGUGCUGGUGAACUUGUUAGGCACUUACUCCACACACACUCCCACACAGACCAGGACUCUGUUGGAGGGACAUAUAAUUUUGCAGAAUAAAAACAAUAUCAAAAAGUGCUGUGAUAAUUAAUCUAAAGCAGAAAGCAGCAACACAAAAUGAAGAAUCGUGCUGAAGCCGAAGCCAAUAAUGUAUCUCUCAUUGAAUGGUGAUAGAAGGCAUGAUAUUUUGCUUUAAUUUGGGGUUCGUGGGAUUCAACCAGUCAAAGACAAUUAUUCCAUCUAAGUAGCUGCCAUUGAAAUGCUUCAGAGGUCUCUGGCUUAUAUUUUCCAAAAAUUAACUUGGUUUUUGUUUUCUAGUUAGUUACGAGUACUUGCAGUCCUAAAACCCACACUUUUAACGCUUAAGCUAAGCCUAAGCCAUAUAGGAUAUUAAUUAUAUACUGUUCGACGAUAGUUCUUAACAAACAACUUUUUUGCCACAACUAAAGCUUGCAGCAACCAAAAGUUAUGCGCGUUUUGGCAUUAAUAAUAAAGCGUAAAUCUAAAUGAUAA